GCGUUGCCAUUACACAAGGAUCUACUACUGCUCGUGGCUCCACGCUGCAGGUCGCAGCGGCGAAUAUUACUAUUCGCUUGGGGGCCCCCAUCCCAGCCCAUCCCCGGGAGGCCGGGAGCCACGACGUGUCCUGGAGCCGGCGCACCCCAGCUUCCACCUCGCCGUGCGCCCAUGCGCUUGUCCCGGCACGGCCCUGUUCCCUCGCUCCACGCGUUCCCUCGCCUAUCCGGCUUAGCUCCACGUCGCACAAGCACCUGGUCCCACAGAAAUAGCCGACCCCACGUGUCAGCCCUGCUUCCCCGAGCAGCUGCCUGCCUGCCGGCAAAGCAAGGCCACCGAGACAGACCAUGGUUAAGUUUAACCCCGGCUGCAACCUGAUCGGUUUAUAUAAACCAGAUCCACGCUUCGCUUCCUCUUCCCCGCCCACGGUUGAGCAAGAGCAACCGCAACAGUCCCUCCUCCCAGAGUUGACGACGACACCGUCCGAUCGAGAAAGAGAAACUGAAGAAGGCGACGCGAGAGCCGAGAGGGGCCAACGGUGAGCAGCAGCUCUAGCUAGCCUAGCCAUGAUGAUGAUGGGAGAGGGAUCCGCGCACGCGCCGCCGUGGCAGCGCACGGCUCCGUCCUCGGGAGACGGUGGCUGCGCGGCGGACGGCGUGGCGGCGCCGUACUACGCUCUGUCCGCCUUGCGGCAUUACCUGCCGUGGAACGAGCCGUCGGGAGACGCCCAGGACGAAGAAGAGGACGCCGUGGCAUCGGCGGACGCGUACGCGUGCGACGAGUUCCGCAUGUACGAGUUCAAGGUGCGGCGGUGCACGCGCGGGCGGAGCCACGACUGGACGGACUGCCCGUUCGCGCACCCGGGGGAGAAAGCCCGCCGCCGUGACCCGCGGCGGUACUGCUACUCGGGCGCGGCGUGCCCGGACUUCCGCAAGGGCGGCGCGUGCAAGCGCGGGGACGCCUGCGAGCACGCCCACGGGGUGUUCGAGUGCUGGCUCCACCCGGCCCGCUACCGCACGCAGCCCUGCAAGGACGGCACCGCCUGCCGCCGCCGCGUCUGCUUCUUCGCCCACACCCCCGAACAGCUCCGCUCCCCGCCCUGCAGCCCCAGGGCCGCCGCCGUCAGCUCCUCGUCGCCUGCGCUCGCCGACUCCUACGACGGCUCGCCGCUCCGGCGCCAGGCGUUCGAGAGCUGCUACCUUGGCGGCAACGGCAGCGGCAAGAGCCACCUCGUGCAGCUAUCCUCCUCACCCACCAGCACGCUGCUCUCGCCGCCCAGGUCGCCGCCCUCCGACUCUUAUUCCCCGCCAAUGUCCCCGAACGACGUGCUCGCCUCACUCCGGCAGCUGCGUCUCGGGGCCCCCCAGAGCUCCCCGAGGUCCGCUGGCUCUUUCCUGGCCGCCGCCGGCUACUCGUCCGCUUUCGGGUCCCCCAAAUCCCCGGCGGCGGGGAUCUACAGCCUGCCGUCCACCCCGACCAGGCCUUCUUCCCUGGUGACGGUGAACACCCCGUCCGGCGCCACCGUGACCGUGGAGCCCAUCGACCUCGGCCUCAUCGUGGAGGAGGAGCCGCCCGUGGAGAGGGUGGAGUCGGGGAGAGCCCUCCGCGCCAAGGUGUUCGAGAGGCUCAGCAAAGAAGCCACCGUCUGUAACGACACCAUGGAAGAUGUUCUGGCCGCGGCAGCUCCUGACGUCGGUUGGGUCUCCGAUCUCAUCAAUUGAGCAGCCACGAUGACAAAACGUGGUCAGGUACUUAAAUUUGCAUCAGGUCAGUCACUGGCCAAGUGAUAAUUUUGUGAAGAUUGUUAACAGCGGUGGUUCUUGUGAAUAGUACCCAUGGUUUCCCUACUACUCCAUACUAGUCAAGUUGAAGCCAGGAGGAGGGCAAAAGGAAAUGAUCCCCCAAAACUACUUUCUUUCACUUGUUGUAAAUAGUGUUGCGAACUCUGUUUUAUUAUUCUGAGGGGAGGGAGGUCAGGAAAGAGGUGGUUCAUUUCAUUUUGGUUUUGAGAAUCAGAGCAUGUCAGUGUGACAUGGACGAGGCAGAAGAGAUGAGAGCAUGGUUGUGUUACAUGUAAGUAUUGUGUGUACGGGCUUUCGGAGUUUGGGGCCUUGGGCGUGUAGAGAUGAAGCAUGCACGCGGAGGUGGUGACGAACAAGGUGACAGCACUCUGCACCGGCGUCUAAUUUCUGUGAUUCCAGAACGUCUUCAAGUUGAUGUUACUAUUUACUUAUUGUUAGUCGCGCGUUUGUCGCAAUCCAUCACUGCUGCCGAUGAUUCAGCGUCUCAAUUAAGAUCCACGACAUAUUUGUUAUUCCACUGUAUUUUGCCUUUCCUAUUGAUCGAGCUUAUGAAAAGCAUGUAUCUUAAUUGUAGCACUACUAUUUUCAGUACUAAGAAAGCUGCUUUCAUAAUAAACUCCUUGUUCCUAAA